UCCCAGUGACCCCAAAGUGCUGGAGGGAGGGGGCGGGGGUGGCCCAGUGCAAAGUGCAUCCAGAAAGCCCCUAUCUAGAGCCCCCGAGACUGGCACUUAGGACCCUGUACGACCCUGGACCUUGCUACCCCGAGACCUCCCGCGUUUCUCUCGUAGCCCGGAGCCUCCGGCCCGGAGCGCGACAGCCCCCUGCUCCGAGCCCUCAGACCGGGACUCUCCGCCCCCCCACCCCCCGCCAUCCCCAGCCGGGACUUCCUCCCUGCACCCCUGCCCCGAGGCUGCCCCGCGGCCAGGACCGCCGCCCCGCGUCAGCUCCGCUGUGUGGAUGCUCGCCGGGCUGGGGCCGUGAGGCACUGAGGAGGCUCAGGAAGACCCGUGUCCGGCCCUGCCUGGGGUGUUUCUUCAAUGGAGAAGUUGGUGAGUGUGGAAGAGGCUGAAAGGAGGAAGAGAAGCAGCAGCUGAGGAGACAGGUUUGAGUUGGCUGGGGGAGCCUAGAGAGCAGGAAGCGGCCUGCCCACCCACCGGAGAAGUAGCAGAGAGAGCCUCUCGCCAGCAUCCUCUGUGAAGGUUAAGGAGGCUGGUCCGUGCCAUCAUCUGGACACAGUUGGAGUCCCCUCCCCACAAUGCUGUAUGUGCACAAUGGUCAUUAGGCAGUCCCCCUGUCAGGAAACGGGACAUUCUUCGGGAAGGCUGAUCCCUGCGACCUGAUGACGCCUUUGUGAGACGCGGACUCAGCUAGGAUGUUACACCACCAUUGUCGCAGGAACCCUGAGCUGCAGGAAGAGUUGCAGAUUCAGGCCGCGGUGGCUGCCGGGGAUGUGCACACAGUCCGGAAGAUGCUAGAGCAGGGCUAUUCGCCCAACGGCCGCGACGCCAACGGCUGGACCCUGCUCCACUUCUCGGCAGCGAGAGGAAAGGAAAGAUGUGUCCGCGUGUUUCUAGAGCAUGGAGCGGAUCCCACGGUUAAGGACUUGAUCGGAGGCUUCACCGCGCUUCAUUACGCAGCCAUGCACGGCCGGGCCCGCAUCGCACGCCUGAUGCUCGAGUCCGAGUACAGGAGCGACAUCAUCAACGCCAAGAGCAACGACGGCUGGACACCCCUCCACGUGGCCGCGCACUACGGCAGGGACUCCUUCGUCCGGCUCCUCCUGGAGUUCAAGGCCGAGGUCGACCCGCUCAGCGACAAAGGCACGACGCCGCUUCAGCUCGCCAUCAUCCGGGAGCGGUCCAGCUGUGUGAAGAUCCUCCUGGACCACAACGCCAACAUCGACAUCCAGAACGGGUUCCUGCUGCGCUACGCCGUGAUCAAGAGCAACCACUCUUACUGCCGGAUGUUCCUUCAGAGAGGAGCAGACACAAACUUGGGUCGCUUGGAAGACGGACAGACUCCCUUGCACCUGUCCGCGCUCCGGGACGAUGUGCUCUGUGCACGGAUGUUAUAUAAUUACGGCGCGGACACGAACACAAGGAACUAUGAGGGGCAGACCCCGCUGGCGGUCUCACUGAGUAUUUCUGGGAGCGGCCGACCGUGUCUGGAUUUCUUACAGGAAGUCACAAGGCAGCCCAGAAACUUGCAGGACCUGUGCCGAAUUAAAAUUCGACAGUGUAUAGGCCUUCAAAACCUAAAGCUACUUGAUGAACUACCGAUUGCCAAGGUCAUAAAAGACUACUUAAAACACAAAUUUGAUGAUAUCUGAUACACACAGAACUGUGAGCAAGAUUAGGAGUUAUAUUCCAGAUACUUAAAAGGCCUUUCGCCUUGCACAAAGUAUAUCCUAUGCAAUUUCUGAUUUGCUGUGAAGUCAGAAAGCAGGUAUACGCGUUUAGGUUUAUUUUUGGUUGGUUGGUUGUUUUGUUUUCAUUGUAGGGGAUGGUUAUUUUUUAUAUAUAUAUAUCUAUAUAUAUAGGUAUGUAUAUAUAUAUAGAUAUAUAUAUAAACACCACACAUGCUUGAAGGUCUUAAUUUGGUUUCUUGGUCCAGGUUGAAGAGGUCCAAGUUUUUGUAGACAAUGUGGCAUUUACAAAAAUUGUUUUUCCAAAGUGACGCAAGCAGGUCCGGAGUGGAGCAUUCACCCUUUUCACAUGUAUGGUUCCACUGGCAUGCACAUUACCACACACCAGCAGAGCACCCGGGACUGCGGGGAGUCCCAGCUUCCCCCGGGGGUCCCGGCGCUCCUGCAGAAUGUCCUCAGACGCACUUUCAGGACCGCUGUCACCGCAUUCCUUUCUCAUGACAACAAAUUGGCUGCUUCAAACUGUUCUGUCCUGAUAGCUGUGGCUUUCGGGCGCCAACAAUUCCGGUACCUCUGUUUUCCCGAUGGUGUGCUCUCGUUUUUAACUUAUUUUUUUAACAACUGUAGUACACUACUCAGAGACACUGGGCCUCAACUUCUGUCUCUAGACGAAUAGUGCUUUAAAAAAAAAACAAAAACACAACUAACAAGAAAGAAACUAACUUUCUAAAGCCACUGUAUUCUGGUUCUAAGACGCCUCCAGUGCAAUACUUUUCCUGGUGUAUUUUACCCACUAUUUCUCUUGAUGUUCCUCAUUCCACAGCCGGCUCUGACUUGCCCAUGAGAACAGGAACGGCCGCUUCCAUUUUCAGGGCAGCAGCAGAGUCUGUCGGUUGCAGCUUCCGUUUUAAGCUUCGUCCUCCAUUCUGCGUUAAUAAGCAAUUGCAGGUCCCGAUGGUAGAGUGUUCCCUAAAAAAUGACCCCAAAUAUUGUUAAACCCUUUGGCUUAAUGCUCACAGCAUUUGGGGCAGUUUCAUGGUGUUUUUGUUCUUCCCAGUUAAGAAAGAUUUCUAAAGAGAGGAAAGUUUUACCGGGCGCACCAUUUGCAAGCCCGGUUAACGCCCAGUGUGCGAAUGAAAGACUUCCUGUCGCUUCAAGGGGGUGCACGGGGAGGCUGUUCGGCACAGCUCCUUACUGCGUUCACAGGGCAGCCACUUGCCGCGUGGAAACAGCUGUGGCCACGUGUCCAUUGCCGCGGAAGAGCUCCCAGAAGCAGUCAGGAAUCUGCAGCGCACCCGUGAACGUGGGUUCUGUACCUGGCAUGUCACAUCGCGUUUGGUUUCCGAACAGCCUUCCCAGACAUCCCAGUGUCGUUCUGCGUGCUUGGGAAAUUGCAAAAACAGUUCCACACUAGUAAUAAAUGUCUCAUCACCCAUUUACACAAUGCAGGGCCUCUCGUCUGAAUUUCUAGCUAUACGUCCUCAAGUCUAAAACGGUGCCACCUGAAUAGCAUCACAGCAGAACCGGGGGCUGGCGCUGGUUCACCUUCUAUCCAGGGCCCGCAGGGGUACUUUCCAAAGCACCAAGUUUAUCCCCUUGGACUCGGAGUAGCUGUGGUAGCCAAGUGUCUGGUCUGCUUGUCCUAGGAGUGCACACAGCUCUGAGGGAACGGCCAGCUUCAGAAGAAGGGUGAUUUAGGCUAGUGGGGUUCAGAGCCUCUUCUGCAGGGAGCCAGCCAGCCCGCAGCCAGUUUUCUGACCCUCCCACAAUUCUGACGGUAGCCUGGUGGCUGGAAAUAGGUGGUCUGUUCUUUUCCCCAUAAAACUAUCUCCAAAAAGUUAACUUCUGAGACAGAGAGAGUUCCUUGUGAAAUUGGGAGCUGAGCUGGGGUCUGAUUCUUUAAACCAACACCUAGGUCAAGGCCAAGACUCAUUAGCAGCACCCAGGACAGGGCACAGCCAGAGGGGAAUUGAGUGUCACUUCUCCCUGACACCCCAGGAGACGAGGGCCCAGUGGGGCGCCCAGGGCCCCGCACACUGGACAGGGAUAGCAAUGUUUGGUUCGCACGGGGCUUCUUUCCUCACGUGUAUUAAUUUAAUCAGUUGGUUUAAAAUUAUCCCCCCCACCCCCCUCAAACAAUUCGAAGGUUUCCAAACUAAGCCACUAGACUUUUGAGUCAGGAAAUUCCAAGUAAAAAAAAAGAUCAGAUUAAGGUAAAUUCUUCAUUCUGUGCUGCUGCUGCUGCUGCAACUUCAGAAAAGGGAAAAAAAAUUAUGAGUGCUCUUCCUGGAAUUGAAAUUUCUAUUUAAUGAAGAAGUGUAUAAUUCCAUUAUUUAUUGUUUGAGGUUUGAUUUAUCUGGAAGCGUAAAAAGAGUGUUUUAUUUUUGCUAUUAAUGAAAUCCUAAUCACAUAGCAUAUUAAACAGUAAUGACGAUGUCUCCAAGUGGGUCACCCGGGGACGCUGGGGGUGAGCAUGCAGGUCUGCCUUUGAACUUGGUGGUCAGAGAAGCAAAAUGAGUAGAGAAAACACAUGUUUUCAGAAAAAUCAACUGAUCGGUUUUUCCAGAAUCCCGAGAUGUUCCGAAUGGUCUCAAAUUUGUCGCUGAUCCUUCAUGUUUCUUUCACAAUUGAUUUUUUUAAGCCUCUGAGUAAACCUUUAUAAAAAAUACAUUUGGCAAGUACACCAAAGAAACCAGCCCAUAAAAGAUUUUGGUCAUUCACGAACUGCAAACCUCAUCUUUGGAAACCAAGAUUUAUUUUUUUUCCCCGUGUAAAUAUUUGUGUUCAUAAAUGUACAGCAGAGCAAGGGCAUUUUUUAGGUUAUUUAAUUCCCAUUUUUCUAAACUAUUUACUACAGAAUAAUCCGCGCUUGUUGGUUUGGAGGACUUGGCCGUUUUCUUCUUUAAUGCGUUAUCAGUCAUGCUUGGAACAGAAUCUGCACUAGGGAAUCCAGUGCCCUGGCCAUCGCCAGAGCGCACGUACGGACCACGAGGGAGCUGGCGUGAUUCGCCAGGCACACGCCCUAAGCGACAAGAAUGUGUAGUUGAGUGAUGAGGGGGAACCACACGGAAAAUCAAGAUUCUAACUUCCCCGCCGAAUUGCUCCGUAGCCCAGAAUGUGAUUGGGAUGAGGCCCUUUUGCCCCCAAAUUUAGCUUUCAUGUAAUUCCAAGUGUGUUCUAUCAUAAUGUAUUUUGUUCUUCCUUUGUAAUGUAAGUUUUGCUUUGGGUCAGUUUGAAUUAAAAAAAAAAAAAGAAAAACUUAAAUCUGGUUUAAAACUUA